UGAGAGCACCUGUUCAGACAGGUAAAUCAAGAUGGAAGAUGUGAAGAAGAGGUUGGCAUUUGGUAACAUAGGUGUACAGACUCAGGCAAUUUGGAGACUUUAUAAUGAAGUUACGAAGAAAACAGCUACACUUGGACGAAUAGACUCCAAGACUCCUGAGUUUGUAGAGAUCAAACUUCUGUGGGAAAAAUGUGGUGACGAGAUUACUAUCCUAGCUAAGUCAGCCUGUCAAGUGUUGGUCCGUUUGGUAACUGACAACAACGCUGACUUCUUGUUUAUUCUCAACGGGCUCCUGAACCAAGUUCCAUCUGCCAGGUCCCUUUUGGGAAUUGUGAACGGAAUCAGCGAACUACUGGUCCUACAAAUUGCGCUUGCAGAAAAUCAGGGUCAGCCGUACUCUUGUCCAUAUCGUUUAAGGACACCCCCUCAUCCCUUCAUCACAGUUUUAACCAACCGACCAGAAGCAUGGCCUCUACUACAGCACCAGGUGUACUGCCUCUGUUGUCAUGGCAACAGAAGUGUACGACGGAAUGCGAUGGAGAUGCUGGCCACCUUCCUGAAAUUUGUACUGUUGGAACCGCAACAAAGCACCCAAUAUCAACCAAUGAAAACAAGUCUAGAGAGAACCCUAAUGCAAGUGCUUGGCCAAUCACAACAUCAGGAAUCUGCCAAGGGAAUUCUGGGUUUCCUUAUGAAAAUCCUGCCGUAUUAUCAGAUUUGUGAAUCUCGCGACCUCGCCCAGACCAGCCAGUUUGUGACGGAGAUAGUACUGAAAUGCUUAGGUUAUCCCGGAGUUGAUAAAUGUCAAACAGAGUUACGGAUCUUAGCAGAGUUUGGUUUAUCUCUUCACCACCAGGGGACGCUAAAAGGCCAAGGAGUCACAUCAUUGAUGGACGCUCUGAGGAAAGUGGCAUCUUCUUUUCCAGAGGUUAUGGCUACUGACCAAAAUUUGAUCACUAUGGCAACCACACUUCUUUCCUGCUCCAUUGAUCAGGUGCUGUCCCUGCUCAUUCUCUGUAAGCAGGUCCUGGAGACAGAUAGCAGUGAUAUCAGUCCAGUGGGAGCCAGGAUGUUGAUACUGCCCAUGCUCCAGAUUCUGGCCACACCCAGGUCUGAGUUGAUUGGUCGACAGCUGGGUAUCCUUCACAGCUUGGCAGGGGACAUCAUUCUAAACAUUGAGAAGGGAAGAGCCGUUUCUAAUGAAAUGACACUACAGCGAGACAGGAGGGUUGGGAUGACCACAGCUAGUUAUGAGGAUCAAAACUUUGUCAACUGGACAACAGUCUUCUCAAUUCAGUCCGAUCAAGCUGUGUCGUGGAUGGACAGUCUGAUGUCAUCACUAAAACUGACCAAUUGCAUCCCAUUUUCAUUGACGAACCUAGUUUCUGCAUUGUUUACCAUGAGCAGGAGUGAAGAGGAGGCCAGUCUGGCCCUUAAGACGUUGACCCUGAUAGCCAAUCAAGACAGCACUCAGGCUCCUUGGUUUCUUCCUCUGAUGCUGUACCAGUUAAGAAGGGAGAGCACUCCGUCUGUCCGAUUUGAAAUCAUGAUGACCAUACCAAAGCUUGCUACACACAAGGUGUGUGUUGGACCUAUCCUGAGAACCAUUCAGUCCUUUGGUACUUUUCCGGCUAUGAGGGGCCUUUACCUGCAGAUGUUAACAGAUUUAUGGAAGAUCCAGGACCGGUGUUUUCCACAGUUGCUAAUGGAAACAAAUAAAGGAUCCUCUGAUUCUCUGGAAGUGUUACUUUCCAAGGCCAAGGCCAUCAGAGAUGUAUGCAAAUUAAGACCAGAACAACAUGGCUCAGAUAUGCUCGUUCCGUUAUCGGACAUCCUCAGCCAGUGUACGAGAGAGGAGGAGGCUGCGGUGUCCUCCCUAGCUCUAGAAGGAUUGUACUUCCUGUGUGAAGCAGAGGUUAUUAACAUCCUGUCUGCCUGGUCCGUGCUUGCUGACAGUCUUGUCCGGGAUUCUCGACCUGCUGUGGUUGUAAAAAUCUGUGAACUGUUUUCCCUCGUCCCAUCAUUGGUAGAAGAGACAGCAGAAUAUGAGAAAUUCUGUGAAGAUGCUGUGAUGAACUUGUGGUUGUAUACGACUAGUGACAAUGCAAAAGUCUGCGGGGCUGCAUUCCAGGCCCUUGCCAUGUACAGAGCAGAUCAGUUCAAGGUGUCCUACCUUCCCCAACAUGUGACAGAAGAUUUGGGCAACAAGCAGAACAGAUGUCCCUGUGAAGAGGAACGCGAUAUAUCUGUAGAUGACAUGUUCCCGUUAGUACCAGGCCUAUGUUAUACAAGACUUUUGAAGACUCUGCCUACCCAAGUCCUGCCAGAUUACAAAGCAUUUUUGGCUGCCAUGGUUGCAAAAGAAGUCAAUGACUUACCAAGAGGAAUAUACCACUCAUCGCUAUGGAGACAGAGUGCUGCAACCAAUCAGAGCAAAGCUAUCGGAUCUAUCCCAGCAUUCAUUAUUGGUCAAUAUAAUAAGACCAAACAGCCUGGCUUGAGGCCAGGUUUGGCAGUGAGCACACUUUUCUGCUAUGAUCCGCCACUGGAAGUAGGCAGGGAUGGUCGUCCACGAAAACAUUAUGUUAUCACUCACAGUAAAAACUUCCAACAGAUGUUAAAGACUCUGUUAAAUGAGGUCCCUAUCCAGCCAUCAGAAUGGCACAGGAGUAUGGUAAUCCCCCAGGCCUGGACCUCGUUUAUAGACAGAGCCUUCACAGCCAUGAUAGAGGGCCGAAGGGCAGAGAUCGACCUCCAACUGAAGAGAGACCAUGUGUCGGAGGAUGAAGCCAGACUAAAAAAGCAGGUGGCAUGGUUAUGGGUUCGAGAUACCUUGGUGGAUGUUAUCAAGAUCAACUCCAGAGGAAAUCCCACCAUGCAGAGCAACUCCAUAUAUGCACUUGCAGGAUUGGCCGUCACUGCAAAUCGCUACGGCAAUGGGCUGGAUACAGAGGCUGCAAAAGCUGCUGAGGAGAGCACUGAAUUCAUGAGUCCUUCCCAUUGGCUUACGGUUGUCAUAGAUACCAUCAUGUCCCUGAUGGAUGUCAAUUUCACACCAAAAGGACAUCUGAUUGGUCUCUGUCAACAGCGAUCAGUGGACAAUCGUUUACCAGCCAGUGUACUGGCUCAGGCGUCAGCUUCCGUGGCCCUUAGUCAGGUCGUACCAGCACUCAUCACUCUGGAUGUUGAUAGAAUCUACACCACCAUCAACUUCCUCCUCACAUGGUUGCCAGGACAACCAAAUGUCCCAGAAUCACCUGUGCUACAGUUUCAUGGAGGACUUGGAUUGGGAAUGUUUCUGUCCAGACUUUUAGAGGAACACUUCGCUGAUAUCAGUGGAACAAAGGGUAUGUUACAGAUCUGGAGGAGUUUUGACAAGUUAGAGGAAUGUAGUCUUGCAAAGGGUAUAGAAAACAGGUCAGGAGCCAUCUUGGGUCUCGGUAUGGCUGUCUGUGCGAUGUGUGAGGAAGGGAAAACAGAGAGUCGAGCUCACGUUGUGUCCAUUUACGACAAACUGCUGGCCCUGUAUGACGACCUUGACCCUCUAGACAACAUAGUCCAGUCGGUCAGUGUUUGUACGGCCUGUAUCGCGGGCGCUGCAUUUAGCUCCAACAUUUUGUCGGUGACUAGAGUGGACACAGCCGUGGACAAACUGAUGACCACUCACUCAAACCACCCACAGGUAACUGGGGUGUGUCUGGCUCUGGGCAUGCUCUGUUACAGUCUCCGGAGGGCAGGUCACCCUGGAGUAGGGGAUGUGAGGACCAGACUGUGUGGUAGCUGGAUCAGGACUUUAUCAGCAGAGGACACAGCCCCGAUGGAAAAGGUAGCCAUAUUGAAUGGACUAAUGGCCUUGAUUGGAUCGGAGCGGACGCUAAUACCUGUCCAGAGUAGUGCUGUCAGUAGUGACCUGAACACUGAUGAUGUCAUCAAGGUCGCAUCACAGACAGUUGCCAGUGGAAACGACCUUGGAAUUCAGAACAAUGCAGCCUGGAUGCUGGGUCACCUGUAUCUAUCGGCGUGUGCUGUUGCUGACACAAGAGCUAGUGUGCCCUCUACCUACGGAUACUUGCCUGAGAAGAGUUUCCUACGAGCUGUAGUGGACUUUAUGGCAGAAGCUGGCAAAGCAGGAGCAGAAACUGUACCAAAGGAACAAGUUGAAUUGGCCUUGACCUCACUACAAGAGGAAGUAGAACAGGCACUGCCCCCUAUAAAUUGGGCAGGGCUGUUGACUCCUAUGAUGAGGAUGGGAUUCGGUGAUGAGGUGCGACGUCUCAGUUUAAAGUUGGCUGUGAAACAGAGUGGAACAGCUCCCACAGCGGCCUUGUUCCUAACGACAUGGAUGACCUUGCCUUUACUAAGUACACUGGAUGAGAGAUGUCAGAUGGUCCUGUACGAUGCCCUGCCUGUCCUGAUUUGCUCCAUUGCACCGACAGCUAUUGGAUCACUCCUGGAUGUAGGAUCUAGUCAAACUUACAUCAGUCCGGACGGUAUCCUAAACCAUGGCCUACUUCAUGUCCUAACUGGACUGACCAAUGCCCUCAAGGUGAAUGACCCACCAGAGGCAGUGACCGCUGUCCUGUACAAGGCUGUGGGUACACUCUACACCAAACUGGCAUCGUCUACUCAGGUGUCAGUGCUAUGUGUGCUGGCUGAUUGCCUUGGUAGCCUACCUGAUGAUCUCUUUGAUAAAAUUACUGGUGAGGAUUUCCUGUACGAUACGAGUCAUUCUAACGGUUGUCUAGUUCGCUGUUACUUGGUGGCCCAAGGGAAGCAACCCAUAGCCAUUCUUAACAGCUGUAUUGAUGCUACCUUCAACAACAAAAGAUGCAACCGUUCUCUGCUAUCCAAAUAUCUACAGCACUGCUUCUAUCAGAUGACCAAAACAAGGUCAGAGUUCACUGGGGUUAUGCAAAGGUUACAAUGGCUGGUUGAACUCUUGGGGCAUGUUCGUAACAUAGCAACAGGGACUACAACUCUAUCAGAUGACAUUACAAGCAAAACAGAGGUUAUGGAUUUAGCUGUUGAUGUCAUCGCUGCUGUCCUGUGUCUCUGGAUGUCGACGUCCUCAGCCUGUGUGUUAGGUAUCAUGCCACAGUUUUUGACCUGUCCAGAUACAUCAUUCUCACCAGAUUCUCGAUCGACAUGGAAACCAAGCAUUUUACCGAGGCAGAUUUUACCUGCUUACAUCACCAGCAUCCAAUCAGAACCCUGGGAUCACAUUCUACCGAAGGUUGUGGAUUGUAUGACAACACUCCUGUCUCAGCCUGAUGACGUCAUCAGCAGCAGGACCAGGAGGUCACUACAAGGUUCUCUGCAGAUUUUGAGACAUUCCACAGCCUUCAGGAAACCCAUGGUCUGGACCGAGAUAUACGAUGCUGUGUUAGUGAAAUGAUCCAGUUCUUUUGUACUGACAAACUCUGUGCGGAAUACUUGUGUAGCCAAGUGAUUUAUUCUGUAUCAUUUAUGAAAUCUUUUUAUCUUAAACUCCAAAUGGGAUAAAUAAAGAUAGACAAAUAUUUUG